AUGGAUCCAGAAAAGUUCGUUGAAAUUCAGAAGCAAAUGCGAGAGAACAAUCAAGAGGUUGCCGAUUUCCUCAGUGAUCUCGAUUCUUGGAAAAAGCAAGUUGAAUGUCAAAAUGCUCGUCUUCAAAGCGAAAAAGAAAACACAUCGUUACCGGCAAUCAGAAACAGUUUAUUUAAGAAACAAAAGAAGAAGCGCCAUGGCGAUGAGUCUGUUGGAUCAAACAAGACAGUUCACCAACGCAUUCGCGGCUCAGAUUACAGAGCUUGGGACAAAUUUGAUGUUGAUAAGGCACUAGAAGAAGUGGAUAAGCCUGACCAGGACAAAGAGGUGAAUGAGGAUGGUGAAACGAGCGAAACGGAUGAUGAAAUGGAGGAUCGUCGCCGACUAAGUUUGGCUAAAGAAGCUCGAGAGUUGGGAAAUUUACGUUUUAAAGAAGGCAAAUUUCAAGAUGCUAUUGAACAGUAUACGACAUCAGUUCGCCUAACUCCGGAAGAUCCUGUGCCAUACACAAAUCGUGCAUUGGCAUUUUUAAAAUUAGAACGUUAUGCUUCUGCCGAAUCGGACUGCUCGGCUGCACUUGCACUAGACAAAAAAUGUGUGAAGGCCCUGUUUCGGCGAGCCAUAGCACGAAAGGGACUACAGAAAAAAAGUGAAGCUAUUGAAGAUCUGAAGAGCCUGCUUGCACUUGAUGAGAACAAUAAAGCUGCUAUCACAGAGCUAACCUUACUGACCGGUAAACCGCCCGGAGCAGAGACUAGUGCAAGUGAAGUGCCUAAUCAGUCUUCCUUGCUGCCCAGACCCUCGCUCCGUGGUUCGCGCAAAUUGAGGCGCAUCCCAAUCGUGGAGGUUGGUGGUGAGUCCGCCGUUCAACCACCUACUACUCAUACAGCACCACCGAAAAUUCUCACAACCGCGUUACCGCCUUCCGGUAAUAAAAAAUCUCCAUCGAAACCCGUGAAAACGGUUCCACUUCCUCAAACCCGAGUAAAUCCAUCUGUAUCUGCCGGUGCAUCAAGUGAUCCUGACACUCCAAAGCAGCUCUGUUCGCUUGGGGAUAGCAAAAAGCAGACGCAGACUGUGCAUUAUUCUUCUACAAAUCCUGUCUUCCCGAUCCCGUCCAAUUGGUAUCAAUUAGAAAGAGAUCUACGUGAAUUGAGUGGAGGGGAAAGAACAGCUCUGUCUCAAACCGCUGUGGAUUAUCUGUGUUCUUUGGAACCGGCCGAUUACGGCAGAAUAAUUAGUAGUAACCUGGAACCCAGUUUCUUGUCUCAGUUACUGUACGCCUUCCAUGCCUCAAAUCAGUUGACCAUCGAGGGGAUUGCUUCACGUUUGGAUGCCUUGUCUAAUUUACCCCGAUUCGAUGUGGCCUGGUGUUUGACAGAUGAUCACGAACGGGGUCUGUUCAAACAGUUGAUGUCGCGGAUCGAAGCUUCUCCGGAAGUCCCCUCCGAAUCGAAGCAACAUCUACGUCAAGUUUACCUGUGA